AUGGCCACAGAUACGUCGUUCGCUGAUCUCCUACGUGAACAAGAGGAGCUCGCGAGUUGGAUCCAGAGGUUUUGGAACAAUUUGUGCAAACUAGGAAAAGACAAAAUUACCCGCGCGGUUCUGGAGCAGCGGAUGGGCUUACUUGAGCGAUACUGGGAAUCCUUCUUAGCAGGACAUCGAGCCCUGAUGCGGUGCAAGGAAGCCGCUGCCAGUUCUUACGCCCAGCGAGACGCCUUCUCGUCCGUAGAGGAAACGUACCUUACUACAUCGGCAAUGAUUGCGCAGCACCUGGGUGAACGAUCGCCGACUAAUCCUUCCGACGUGGGGCAAGCCGUGGCCGCGCAGACGCCGCAACCGCAGUUACCAAAAAUUGAGCUUCCAACCUUUUCAGGCGAUCCUCUGCAAUGGGAAAGCUUCUGUGACUUGUUCAAGAGUCUAGUGCUUGAUGUGCCUCAACUGUCGGACGUCAAGAAACUGCUUUACCUGAAGUGCAGCCUAACCGGGGACGCAGCGGAGGUGAUCCAGAACACUCCUAUAACGAGCACUGGCUUUCAAGGAGCCUGGGAGGACCUCGAAUUGCGUUAUGGUAACACUCGUCUGCUGUCGUUUUCUCAUCACCGUGCCCUCUUAUCCUGCCCGCUAGCAAAGCAACAGUCAGCCUCGGAGUUGAAGAGACUGCUCGAUACCUUUCGACAGACCAUCCGAGCUUACUCUUCCUUGAAGAAACCAGUCAGCGCAUGGGACGAGUGGUUCGUCUUCUUGCUGACACAGAAGCUGGACAAGGUGACGCUCUUGGACUGGGAAACGUCCUUGACAGAAAGCAGGGAUAUUCCGGCCUUCUACCAGCUCUCCCAUUUUUUGGAAAACCGAAUCCAGGCAUUGGGCGCGGCGCAGAUGGCGGACCAAGCGGUUCACUCCGCUCCAAACAAGGACCUCAAGCCUAAAAGUAAAGGGAAUCCAACUGUAAAAAGAACAAUUUCGACUUCUCUUGCAACGUCAUCUAAGCCCGCCCAGACAAGGAAUUGCCCUUCCUGCGCAGGGACACAUGGACUGGGAUACUGCGCGAAGUUCAAAGCGCUAAACCCGGCGCGGCGAAGGGAGCGAGCUGAGCAUCUGAAGGCCUGCUUCAAUUGCCUGAACAUCGGACAUGAGUCGCGAAAAUGCCCUUCAUCCCAGAGAUGCCUGGUCUGCAGUAGUCGACACCACACCCUCCUGCACGACGGAACGACGACGGAGUCAUCGCCAACGAAAAUGGGGGAGGAGACCCAACCCACCUCGGAGUCGGACAGCAAGAUUGGAAUAGACAAUCCCUCUUCUACGAACGCUUUCUCUUUGACCGUUUCCUCUCACGCGGUGGCCCUAUUGGCCACCGCCAAGGUGACACUGGAGGCCCCAUCCGGGGAUACCAUUGAAGCACGUGCCCUCUUGGACACCGGGUCAGACACCUCUUUCGUGACAUCUUGGGUCGCUCAAGUUCUGCGAUUGCCACGGCGGGCUGUUCGGGUCUCAAUCUCAGGAGUCCAAGAACAGGAAAGUGGGACGGCGACCACCGAGGUCGAGCUGCUCGUGCGGCCGCGACGAACAACGGACUUCAGGAUGCCGAUCCGAGCCCUAGUACUGAAGAAGCUCACCUCUCUCUUGCCAGCCCGUCAGGUGGUGGCCAAGCCUUGGCCACAUCUUCACGGAAUCGAUCUAGCGGACCCGGAGUUCGGCGUUCCUUCGAGGGUGGACCUGAUUCUAGGAGCGGAUGUAUGCGGGAGCCUCUUCCUGGACGGCACCCGCACCGGACCAACGGGCACCCCGGUCGCCAAACUCACUCCCUUCGGUUGGGUGCUGAUGGGGUCGGCCUCGGGGGACAACCCCCCGCCUGGAGCAACCGUCCGCAGUCUUCACUGUCACACGGAAGAAUCGACACACCAGCUACUGCAGCGUUUCUGGGAACUAGAAGAGGUACGAGAUCCAGCCCCCCCGUCGCCAGAAGAGGAGCGCUGUGAGAGGCACUUCCAGGACACACAUCGACGGGACGCAACCGGUCGAUAUCUUGUACGCCUACCUUUCAACAGGGAACCCGCUUCAACGCUGAAACCAUCCAGGUCGACGGCUUUCAAGCUCUUGCUGAGCUGCGAACACCGAUUGGCGUCGAACGACCUCCUUGGCCAAAGGUACGCUGAUUUCUUGGCAGAAUAUUCUUCUCUGAACCACAUCACGUAUUAUCUGCCCCACCACGCCGUGGUCAAACGACACGACCCCUCUGCCAAGUUGCGGGUAGUUUUCAACGCGUCGUGUCGAACUGCAUCGGGCUACUCUCUGAACGAUUGUCUCUCCGCCGGGCCUAAACUGCAGGCCGAUCUAUGGAUGAUUUUGACUCGAUGGAGGCUCUUCCGCGUAGUUUUUACCACGGAUAUAAUUAAGAUGUUCCGGCAGAUUCAGGUUCAUCCAGCUGAUACGGACUGGCAGAGGAUUCUUUGGCGUCCCCACCCUGGCGCCGCGAUCCAGGACUAUCGACUUACUACGGUUACUUACGAAACCGCCUGUGCACCGUUCUUAGCGUUGCGGGUGCUCACUCAAUUGGCGGCGGAUGAAGGAUACCGCUUCCCUUUAGGAGCCGAGGCGAUUCUACGACAUAGCUACGUCGAUGACAUUCUGGCCGGCGCGGACGAUUUGGGCAAGGCGCUGGAGUUGAAACGCCAAGUCAUCGCAAUUUUCGAAGCCGGUGGUUUCGGGCUAAGCAAAUGGGCUUCCAACUUACCCGACCUCCAGGAACAUCCCUCUUCGGAUCCCCGUCUGUUUCAGGAACCGACUGGGGUCAGUACAUUAGGGGUCAAAUGGAACCCAACCGACGAUACCUUCUCUCUAAGAGUCGCUGGCCCAGUGGAUUAUUCGAAGAAGGUCACAAAGCGGUCGAUACUGUCAGAGGUGGCCAGCCUCUUCGACCCCUUGGGUUGGACGGCGCCGGUUCUAAUAUUUGCAAAAAUAUUGAUGCAAGACCUUUGGAUCCUGGGCGCCGAUUGGGAUCAGGAACUUCCGGCCAUGAUCCGAGACUCGUGGUGCAACUUCAGGAGCUCGCUGACUCAACUGGACUCCCUCUCCGUCCCCCGUUGGCUCUCAUAUUCCGCGGGCUGCAAAGACGAAGUGGAGCUACACGGCUUCUGCGAUGCCUCACAGAGGGCCUACGCCGCCGUGGUCUAUUUGCGUGUCAAAACUCAAGGACGGACCUUCAUCGGACUGCUGGUGGCCAAGAGCAAAGUAGCCCCGGUGAAGACUGUAAGCAUCCCCAGGCUGGAGUUAUGCGGUACCCUACUUCUCUCAAAGCUACUCGUCCAGGUGAAAGACGGCCUCAACUUACCGGUCUCUGUGACUGCCUGGACCGACUCUACCGUCUCGCUCCACUGGAUACGCGGGCACGCGUCUCUUUGGAAGCCAUUUGUGGCCCACCGGGUAUCCAGCAUUCAGUCCCUCAUCUCUGUGGAGAACUGGAAGCACAUCGGUUCCACGAGCAAUCCAGCCGACCUGGCAACGCGGGGUAUCUCUCCCCCUGAAUUGCUGAACUCUCAGUUGUGGUGGCAAGGACCCUCAUGGCUGAAGGACGACCCGGAAUCCUGGCCCGCUGGAUGUCUUGGAGAAGACGGACUCGCAAACGAAGAGAGGCAAAAGGUCGUGGUCUGCCUGCACACAAAUCAAACCUCCGAUGAGUUCCUCUCCCGCUUCUCCUCACUAACGCGCCUUCUGCAAGUCCUAGCGCAGUGUUUCAGGUUCGCUCACCUUACCAGGAAACAGCCCUGCGAAACGGGGUUCAUCCGAGCCUCAGAACGCGCCUCGGCUCUUCGAGCAGCUCUGCGGUUGUCCCAGCGAACCCACCUUGCAGAGGAACUCGAGCAACUUACAGGGGAACGUGCGCUGGCGAAGAGUUCUGUUCUUGCUUCAUUGAGGCCAUUCGUCGACGACCAAGGUCUGCUGCGUGUAGGGGGACGCUUAUCUUCGGCCAUCCUUCCGUAUGACGAAAAGCAUCCCAUCAUCGUGGCGAAGGCCUGCAAUUUGGCUAAACUUCUAGUCCAGGACGCCCACGCUCGGACACUCCAUGGAGGCCCGCAACUGACGUCAAGCCUGCUCACCAGACGGUACUGGAUUCUGCGUGGAAGACCCCUAGUUCGAGCCGUCAUAAGAAGCUGCAUCCGCUGCGCUCGUUUCAGUGGACGCCCCGCUUCUCAGCUAAUGGGUCAACUGCCCCUGGACCGCACUGCGCCUCAACGACCCUUCCUCGUCACCGGUGUGGACUACGCAGGGCCCAUUAUGCUUCGCACAUCACCAGGACGCGGGCACAAAUCAUACAAGGGAUACAUAUCACUCUUUGUCGGUCUUACCACGCGGGCCAUCCACCUGGAGGUCGUCUCCGAUUUAACCUCUGCUUCCUUCUUAGCGGCCUUCAGAAGAUUCGUUGGGCGGCGAGGGCGUUGCGCCUCCAUGUACAGCGACAACGCGACGGUCAUCCACGGGGCUGAACGGGAGCUCACUCGUAUGUAUACAAGCGCCUCCGCCUUCUACAAGGAGACUGCGGCAGUUCUGGCCAAAGACGGAACUACUUGGCACUUCAUCCCGCCGUAUGCCACGCACUUCGGCGGACUAUGGGAAGCCGGAGUUAAAUCCGUGAAGUAUCACUUACGCAGGGUCAUUGGAAACUCGACACUUACCUUCGAGGAAAUGUCCACGCUGCUUUGUCAAAUUGAGGCCUGCCUAAACUCGAGGCCUCUUUAUGCACUUUCCGAGGAUCCCUCGGAUCUCGCAGCACUAACUCCGGGGCACUUCUUGAUCGGGGAACCGACCUGCAUCACACCGGAACCCGAUCCACCACUCACUACUUCUUCCUCCCUUACUCGCUGGCGACAAAUUAAUACCAUGCGCUCUCAGUUUUGGAACAGGUGGAGAUCCGAGUAUUUGCAGCACCUCCAUCGGUUAUCUAAGUGGAGAAACCAAAAGGAGAACCUGAAGGUUGGCGCACUCGUACUUCUUCGCGACGACCUGCAGCCGCCGGCAAAAUGGCUAAUGGGCCGCGUCACAGCCCUGCACCCCGGACCAGACGGACGCGUUCGGGUGGUUGCCUUAAAGACAGCCAGCGGCACUACAACAAGGCCGAUUGUGAAAAUCUGCCCUCUGCCGGUGGACCAGACCGAGGCUUCUUGA